AUGGCGUCUUCACAGCCCGAUGCAUCCAACAACCACUUCAGCGGAAUCAAGACUGACACGGCGGUCAUGGACAUGUCGGUUAAGCUUGCGGGCGAGCACAAGCUCACCCCUGAGUGGGAGUGGGCUGUACACGAAGUGCAUGAGAAGGGCUACGUGAUCCUCAAGAACCUGCUGUCGCGUGAAGAGGUGGCCGAGAUCAGGGAAGCCAUUGCGCCUCUUCUUGGGGUUGGAGGACGGAACAAUUUUGAGGGCUACCAGACUCGGCGCGUGUAUGCCGUUUUGUCCAAAACGCGAGCAUUGGACCACAUGAUUGCACACCCCGUAGUCAUGGCUUUGCUUCGGCAGUUCUUGAUGCCGAACUUCUUGCUCACAGCUGCACAGGUUAUUGACAUCUGUCCAGGCGAGACCUUGCAACCCUUCCACUAUGACGACCAGUUCACCCAUGUACCUCGGCCAAGAGAUCCCUUCUCCAUGGCCACCGUGUGGGCCUUGGAUGACAACUUCACAGCCAAGAACGGUGCCACGGUCGUCAUUCCAGGGUCCCACAAGUGGGGUGACAACAAGAUGCCGGAUCAAAAGAUGGUGGAAGAGCUGGGGAUCGCAGCAGAGCUUCCCAUCGGCAGCUGCGUCUUCUUUUCAGGCACCCUCUGGCAUGGGGGCGGCGCGAACAGCAGCAAAGACACCAGCCGGUGCGCGUUUACCGCGCAGUACUGCCAGCCAUGGGUCCGCCCGCAGGAGAACAUGAUGCUGUCUGUGCCCUUCGAUCAGGUUGCCAUGCUUCCUCCUGAGAUUCAGGUCAUGGCUGGCUACUCGAUCCAUCCUCCUUUCAUUGGCCACGUUGAUGGCAGGCAUCCCCUGAAAGCAGCCGAACGCCUGGCGGGUCUCGACAACUCUGCGCCCAGAGUUUUCCAAAAAGUUGGAGGAGGGGCAUUCAUCUAUCGGCUUGGCGAAGAUCGCUGGUGCUUGGGUCCUGAGCUGCAUGGCGAGGAGAUCAUCUGGGCUUGGUUUACCUGCUCCGAGCUAGCACUGCCAAGUAGCAGCGAACACGCUUGGAAUUCCAACUACGGUAGACCGGAGGUCUUCGUCACUAGGUCCAGCAUCUUCAUCAUCCAAGGCGUUGGCCUUCGUGCAGCCGAUAACUUAGAUGACAACUCCAACCCGUAUGUGGUGUGCCGUGUAUCUGGCAAGCCACAUCUGGGAUUCCGAACUCAGACCAGGUUCAAAAGCUUGGACCCGGUCUGGCAUGAAUGGAUUGACCUUGAAGGACUGGAGCUCGGUGAUACUAUGCACUUCAGAGUCUUCAGCCAGGAGGACAAGAGAGACGACGAGUUUCUGGGCGAUGCGAAGGUUGUGGUGACCCCCGCCGGGUGGGACGGCGGUGUCACCUUGAUGCUGCGGGGGCGAAAGGCCAGGCUACGUUAG